CGACGCCACCGUAACCCUAAACUCCAGAACCCCUAAACGGCUAAACCCCAAAUCCAACUGCAUCUCCGCUCGAUGACCCCAAACCGGGUCGCUGGCUGAUCUGAUACGGUCAAACCUCCCGCCCUUACCGGCUGUUCCCGGUGGCCGCCUCCCUCGUCUUUAUUCCCCGCCCGCCAUUAAUUUAACUCGCCUCCCCGCCUUCCCCGUCAACCACCCAAAACCAACGGCGGUGAGACCCCGUCUCCCGCAUGGACCCCGCGACAACGUCGCCGCACGGCGACUGCCCCUCGCUGGCUCGCUCGCAUGCCCCUCACGUGCCUCCCCUCCCCUCGCCACCUGCCGCCCCCUCUCUCUUUCCGUCAGCUACACGACAACCGAAUAAGAGAAGAGAAACCAAGGGGCGGCGGCGAUCGGAUCUGAUCUAGAUCUGGGGAUUUGGAUCUGAUGGAGGGGAAGGAGGCAGGCGCUUCUCGGCCGGCGAACUCGGGCUUGCCGUACCGGGAGGAUUGCUGGAGCGAGGGGGAGACGUCGGCGCUGGUGGACGCCUGGGGCGACCGUUACCUCGAGCUCAACCGCGGCCAUCUCCGCCAGAAGCACUGGCAGGAGGUCGCCGACGCCGUCAACUCCCGCCGCGGUGCCACCGGGCGCCGCCAGCCUCGCACCGACGUGCAGUGCAAGAACCGGAUCGACACCCUGAAGAAGAAGUACAAGGUGGAGAAGGGGCGGAUCGGGUCCGGGUCGGGAGCCGCCGGCAGCCAGUGGCCGUUCUUCUCCCGCCUCGAUGCGCUCGUUGGAUCGUCGGCGUCUGCGGCUGCUCCCGCUGUGAAGAAGCGUCCUUUGUCGCCUCCGCUAGCCUUGCCGCUCCCGUACCAACGAAAGGGCGGGUCUUUGCCGGUUGCUGCGGCGGCCGCCGUCCGGCCAUUGAAUUUGAAGGACAAGCGUCCCACGGCGCCCUCCCUUUCUCUGGCGGACUCUAUCUUCCAGCGGGCUGCUGCUGCUGCGGCAGCAGCGGAGGAGGACGAUUACGAGGAAUAUGACGAGGACUUGGGAUCGCCGUCUAGGUCUCCGGACAGAUCUGGAUGCGGAUGGAAGAGACCUAUAGGGGACGGAGAUGGAAUCCGUGAGCUUGCGAAGGCGAUGGUGAGGUUUUCCGAGAUAUAUGAGAGGGUUGAGGUGGAGAAACAGCAGCAGACGAUGGAAAUAGAGAAGAAGAGAAUGGAGUUUGCCAAGGAGCUAGAGAUCCGGAGGAUGCAGAUGCUUGUGGAUUCACAGGUACAGCUUGUGAAGAUUAAGCGUGCCAAGCGAGCUGAUACCGAUGGUUACAUGGAGAAUCUCGAGUAACUUGGACCCAUGUUUCAUCCAUCUUCAUCCUUGUGAUCCAGGAGAUCGAUGAGACACCACAGCAACUGGUUUUUCUUCUCUUUUCAGCCGCCACUUAAUUGUGUUAUUUAAAGCUCAUUAUCUUAACGCUAGAAAGAUGCUUUGUAACCAUCAUUUGUGUGUUUAGGAAUCCAGUUUGCAGCGAAUGUUCUGUCUCUAACACCAUAUGAUUACGGAGUCAGAUAUAGUUGCAAGAUUACUGGUGUCGUGACGACUCAUCUAAUUCAGUGUUUUUAAACAGGAUCAGAUUCAGUUAUGCAAGUGAUGACCACUGAUCAUGAAUAAAUGGCUCAGGAGAGGACUCCAUACUUCAGGUAUACCGACAAUAAACUUAUCAAGUCCUUUGCGAUUCUAUAGUGCCACUAAUAGUUUAAACUUCUUGCAUUCAUAGUGUAUUAGGUGUUGCCACUAAAUACUUUGCCAAAGUGCUUGUCAAAGUUGUCACCAAGCAAUUUAAGGAUAAUUGUUUGUUUGGUAGCAUUUUAAUGUGGACUAACUUUUCUACGAGUCUUUUUUUAAUCUAUUUGAUGAAAAUUGUUUAAUA